UUGCGGAUAAAAAUGCUGUUUAACAAGUAUAACAAGACUCCAACACGCACGAAUGAUCCUGCUCAGCCAAGGAUCUCUAUUUUCCAAGACGUUGGGCCAACCCACAUGCAGAAAAUGAAGAACAAGAUUUUUGAGAGGCUUAAGAAUAGAAGACAGCAAAUCUUUAAGAAGACAAGAGAGAGAAGACUGAAGGAUCAAACAGAAGAUGAUUUCUCUGACUUCAUAAAGCAGACAAUUCUUGACAGAACAGAAAACGAGAAAAUUAUCUGAGAAGCACUCUACGAAGAGGAGAACCAGGCUGAUACAGAAGAAAUGUAUGAUUUUUGAGCCCAAAUUCUUACUGAGUACGAACAUUUUGUGGAAAAUGAUCCUGAAAUUGACUAUAAAAUUGAAAAUAUUGACGCUGCAUCUGAAAUUUUCAGUCCUAAAAAGGAUUUCAAUAUGGGAAGUGACUUUGGAAAUGAAGAACUGAUGGAAGAUUUCCAGCAGAUUGAAGAACUACAGUUGCAGUUGGAAGACUGUCAUUCAAUGUAUACUUUCACAGACGAGAAAGGAUACUCGCAAUCGAGGUAUAACUGACCCAUCUGAGGAAGCAUUAUCCAGUGUGUUCAAGGCUAUCUUGCAUGAGAAGAGUCAAACUGCAUAGAUCUUGAUGUUGCUGAUAUUAAGGGAUUCGAACUGCCAAAAUUUUCUGAAAGAGUGGUAGAAAAGAAAAUCCAUCACCUAGACACAUCAGAUGAUUAUCACUCUGAAUUUCCAAAAAUGGUAGUUUCUAUAGAUAGAGACGAAGAGCAUGGUAUGACUUGGGUCCAAAUUGACUGAAAAGAGUGAAACAAAAAACUCUUUGUGGAUAUUGACUAA